CUGCUAUCAGUUGAGAAUGUGACUCGCCUAAGUGGAGGCUUAUCUACGUGCCUCGUGUACAACCAGUCUUAUUUCCUUAUUCUACAAAAUGUCCAUCAUUUGUGGUGACAAAAUAAGUAAGGAAAAACAAUAAGAAAGCACACGAUUAUAGAAAGUAAAUCUUUGGGAUCCACAGCACGCAGAGCAAUUUUCCUGUCGCCAUGUUCGCCUCAAGACCAAACUAUAACAAACUGAAGACCAACCUGAGGCUGGUGGUCAACAGGCUCAAGCUGCUCGAAAAGAAGAAGACUGAAUUGGCUCAGAAGACUAGGAAGGAGAUAGCUGACUACCUAAUCACAGGCAAGACAACUCGCGCGAAGAUUCGUGUUGAACAGAUCAUCCGAGAAGACUACCUUGUGGAGGCUCUCGAGUUGACGGAGAUGUACUGUGACCUUCUAUUGUCUCGCUUUGGCCUUGUACAACAGCUGAGGGGGUUAGACGAGGGACUGGCAGAAGCUAUCUCCUCCUUGUUGUGGGUGUGCCCCAGGCUGCAAACAGAUGUACCAGAACUUAGAGAGAUAGAUCAUCACCUCACACUUAAGUAUGGCAAACCCUUUGUUCAGGCGUGUCGUGAACAACAGAUAGAGAAAAUUAGCAAACGACUGAUAAAUAAACUUAGUAUCCACGCGCCUUCAAAGGUGCUGGUGGAGAAAUACCUCAUAGAGAUUGCCAAAACCUAUGAUGUGGAGUACCAACCUGACCCCCAGGUGAUGGGUGUCAGUGAGGGAAGACAAGGCCACUCUCUCUUUGACCUUGGCCAGAUGGAUGACCUAGGAGUAGAGGGUGCUGAGGGAGGGGUCACCAAGCACACCCACCUCCAGGUUAAACUAGGUCUACCACCUUCAACUGACCCCUCACGUCAACCCUACACACCUCCCCCGGGUUGUGUGCCAGGGGGAGGACAUAAGGGUGCAUAUAACAUCCCCCCUGAGUAUAGUGGACCUGACCCUUACGCUGACCCUAAACUGGACAAAAUGUAUAACGAUAUACAGCAUGUGAAUGGGAGUGGACAGUGGGAUGUUAAGAAUAAUUCCCCCCCACCAGCAUACUCUUCCCAUCCUAUGCUGCCCAUGACCCGACCCAACAAUGCUCCUAACGUUCCACAUCUGUUGGACUUCAAUGAUAUUAACAACUUCCUACCGGAUGUCACCCCCGACCCUGAGGAAUCAGAGGUGUGUGGUGGCGGGGAAGAGUGUGAUCUUCCAGAGCUUCCUGCUGUUCCCUGGAAUGAAUCUUCGAAUACCUCACAAUCUAACGAGGAUGUUGUGGACUUUGACGACCUAGCUAAGAGAUUUGAAAACCUGAAGAGAAAAUAGAAUUAAG